AUGGUCGGAGGAAACCCUGCUCAUGAUGCCUACGGGUUCCGAUAUUGGAAAGACCCAGGGCCUUUCGUUGAGUACCUUGUUUCUGGCAGCACCGGCAAGUUCCUUGGCUUCUGGUCCGUCUUCGUACAGGCAGCCUAUGCCUACGGAGGUCCUGACUGUGUGGCCUUCGCUGCAGGCGAGACCCGUAACCCGAGAAGAGUGUUGCCUUCCGUGUUCAAGAGGGUCAUCUACCGACUGUUGGUGUUUUAUAUCUUCGGUGUUCUCGCAGCUGGUGUUCUUUGUCCUUCCAACGAUGCCGACCUCACCAGUGGCGCAACAGGUGCCGCUGCUUCCCCAUUCGUCAUCGGCGUAAAACGCCUGAACAUUUCCUUCCUCCCCGACCUCAUCAACGCCCUUCUCAUGACCUUGGCCUGGUCUUUCGGGCUUGAUUUGUUCUUCAUCUCCUCUCGAGCUUUAUACUCCCUCGCGAUCGACCACAAGACACCAGCCCUCUUCCGUUUCACCUGGCGAGGCGUGCCCACCUUCUGCGUCCUCGCAGUCUUUGCCGUUUCCUCCUUGCUGGCGUUCAUGUCUGCCUCUACCAGCUCAAUCGAAGUGUUCACCUGGCUGACCAGCAUUGUCGGUUCGGGUGUCUUGGUGCAAUUCAUCAUGUACCACACCAUCUACAUCCGCUUCCGUCGAGCCCAAAUGGCACAAGGCAUCCCCGACAUUGACCGCCCAUGGUACCGCAAGGGCCAGUAUUUUUUCUCUAUCGUCACCGUGAUCUGCUAUAUCAUCAUUUUCUUGACCAACGGCUUUUCAGUCUUCAUGAAGGGUCAAUGGUCGAUAUCGAGCUUCAUCUUCGCUUAUGCCUCUCUACUGUCCCUCUUGGUCCCAUGGGUGGGGUACAAGAUUGUGCGGAGAGGAGGGUGGUUGACGCCGUUGAAAGAGGUUGAUCUGUAUGCGGGUAGGACAAGGGAACAGAUGGAUUUCAAUGAUGAUCCGGAGAUGGAAGCUGUCACAAAGGGGCAAAAAUUCAACAAAUGA